CGUUCAAACGACGACACCGAAAUGGAUCUACAGCAGCAUUCGUACCGUGUGGUAAGGUUUCUGAUCUACCUGAUCGCCUUCGGAGUGCUCGUCGUGGCCGAGAAUCCUUGUGCCAGCGGACCACCGGUCGAUACGAAUCCGGCUGAAUGUUGCCCCACGCCGAUGCUCAUCGACGGAAGCAUCAUGAUGGAUUGCUACCAGAAGUACGGCGAACAAACCAAGAAACAACUGAAGCUAGACGGUGUCCCACGAGGAUGUGUAAGAAAGUGUUCUAAGUUGUCCAAUUGGCACAUAUUAACGUUUCUCCAUUUGUGUUCCCACCAGUGCAUCGCGGAGUGCGCCAUGAACGCAACCAACAUGUACGCCGACGGUAUGCUGAAGCGUGACGACGUGUCGAAGAUGUUCAUGGACGCGAUGAAGGACAAGCCCGAGUGGAUGGCGCUGGUGCGUGAUGCCACGAACGCGUGCUUCGAGCUGGCGGAGAGCAAGAAGGAGGAAAUUGAGGCCGGCGCCAAGCUGGAGCCAAGCUUCGAGGGCGAGAAAAUCUGCCACCCGAUCUCCGGGGUCGUCCUGCGCUGCAUGGGCAUGAUGAUGUUCGCCCAGUGCCCGUCGACCGUUUUUAACGGCUCGGAAAAUUGCAAAAAGCUGCAGGAGUACGGCAGCAUGUGUCCUAUGAUUUAGAUAAAAUAAGAUUGAACAUCCGGCGCCAGGCGAAACUUCGGUGUGUGCGUGAACCUGUGUCACAUUUUCAGAAUUCUGUGUGGCAAAACUGUAGUCCUAAAUCUAGUAAAACUAUGCAAUAUAAAAUAACAAUUUUAAAUUUGUCAAAUUUUCUUUUGU